CCUUCCUUCCUUCCUUCCAGGGCAGGAUGCAGUCUUCAGGCCAACGGCAGCGUGACACAGAGCAGCAGCGACCCCUGCUGUCAGCUGACGAUGACCCCGAGGCUGCCGGACGAGCUGGUCCUCUGUUUCCCACGGCUGACCAGGACAGCCUGUGGUUCAUCCAGGACGGCUGUGGUAUAGUCUGUGGUGUGGUGACCUGGUUGUUGGUCCUUUACGCUGACUUUGUGGUCAAUCUGGUGAUGCUGCUGCCAAACAAGAGCUUGUGGUAUUCCGUGAUCAACGGAGCGUUGUUUAACUUCCUGGCUGUCAUGGCGCUGGCCUCGCAUCUACGUGCCAUGCUUUCAGACCCGGGGGCGGUUCCUCAGGGCAACGCCACCAAAGACUACAUGGACAGUCUGCAGCUGAAACCUGGAGAGGUCAUCUAUAAAUGUCCCAAGUGCUGCAGCAUCAAGCCACAGAGAGCUCACCACUGCAGUAUCUGUAAGCGCUGUAUCCGUAAGAUGGACCACCACUGUCCCUGGGUCAACAACUGUGUAGGGGAGAAGAACCAGCGCUUCUUUGUGCUCUUCACUAUGUACAUAGCUCUGAUCUCUGUCUACGCCCUCUGCCUCAGUUUCCUACAGGUCUACAGCUGUGUCCAUGACCAGUGGAAUGAAUGCACUAACUUCUCUCCUCCGGUGGCGGUGAUGCUGAUGGUCUUCCUCUGUCUGGAGGCCUUCCUCUUCCUCACCUUCACCGUGGUGAUGUUCGGAACGCAGAUCCACUCCAUCUGCAACGACGAGACGGAGAUCGAGCGUCUGAAGAAUGAGAAACCGACGUGGGAGCGGCGUCUGCGCUGGGAGGGGAUGAAGGCCGUGUUCGGAGGCCCGCCCUCCUUCCUCUGGUUCAACCCAUUCUCCGGCCUGCGUCUGCGGCGCCUGCCGAUGACACGUACACGCCGUAGUGGUGUGGAGUUCUCUGUCUGAGGGCUGAGCAGCCCAAAACACAGCUCUUCCCUGUCUGAUACCCUCAGACCUCUCUGGACCGUCUGAUACCCCCUCCGGACCUCUCUGGACCGUCUGAUACCCCCUCCGGACCUCUCUGGACCGUCUGAUACCCUCAGACCUCUCUGGACCGUCUGAUACCCCCUCCGGACCUCUCUGGACCGUCUGAUACCCCCUCCGGACCUCUCUGGACCGUCUGAUACCCCCUCCGGACCUCUCUGGACCGUCUGAUACCCCCUCCGGACCUCUCUGGACCGUCUGAUACCCUCAGACCUCUCUGGACCGUCUGAUACCCCCGCCAGACCUCUCUGGACCGUCUGAUAGCUCCGCCGGACCUCUCUGGACCGUCUGAUACCCUCAGACCUCUCUGGACCGUCUGAUACCCCCUCCGGACCUCUCUGGACCGUCUGAUACCCCCGCCGGACCUCUCUGGACCGUCUGAUACCCCCUCCGGACCUCUCUGGACCGUCUGAUACCCCCUCCGGACCCUCUGG